AUCGCUCGAAUGACCGGCGUUCGAACAGAUCAGCAAACAUGGGCUACUGUUAUAUACGAUGAUGCGUGGAUAAAAAAUGAGACAGCUGGUGGAUGCCGUAAUUAUAUCGAUACUUUCGUGAAUAAUCCACAGUUUCGAAUCCAUCUGACUGACUCGGAUCCGGAUAAGGAUGACGACCUGUGUACGGUGAUAAUAGCAGUGAUGCAGAAGUAUCGUCGUGAGUUGAAAUAUGCCGGAAUUGGGAAUGUUGGCAUUGGAUUCGAAGUUUAUGAUGUUGGUUUUAGUUGA